AUGAAGGAAGAAACCCUCAGAGAGACAACGGAGGAGUCGCAUGGCGAUGAUCAACACGACCAACAGUCGGCCUCCAAAUCGGCCGCAAACCUGGCCGCCAAGGAUCGGAAAUGCCAGUACUGCAACCAGGCGUUCACCUCCUCGUCUUUGGGUCGCCAUCUGGACCAGUUCCUCUUCAAGAAGAAGCCCGAUGGGGUCCACAAUGUUGAGGAGAUUCGGCGCAUCCGCAGCGGCAUCACUCGUCGACAGGCCCGCACAACCUCCGGCAAGCGCGAGGGUAGCCCCGAUCAAACUCGGAAAAGAGGACCGUCUGAAUCCUUUGCCGCUGGGGAUUCGGCUUCAAAAUCUCGCGAAGCGCCUGUGCGCAUGAUGUUCAACACUCCGACCUGGCACGCAACCGGCGUGAUCAAUGACAUACCCAACCCAAGCCGGACCCUGGACGGACCUCGGAUUGCACCAGCUCAAUCGCGAUCGGGGUCGUUGCAGCUGCCGGACUACACGACCCGAGGAGCCACUGCGAAUAAUCCAGAUACAAUGAAAGCACUGGAGCUGGCAUUGCGCGAAGUGCUAGAUAACAUCAAGGCAGCAACUUCCCGCUUCCGACCACGUCUAUCGCCAUUCGAUUUCGAUAUCCAAACCCAGACAUUCCCCUCCCUCUGCCUGCAGCUUCUCCCUCCACCUCCGAGCCUGUUCGCGUCACAUCCCUUCUCCUCUCCCACGUCAUUUCCACUCCAACCUCCUGGCGGGGAACACCUCGACAUUGUUCGUCAAGCGCUUCGUUCCAAAAUCUCACAAUGGCAAUCUGAUCAAAUCGCUGGGGACGCAGCAUCUCGGCCAGGGCAUAUCGGGGGUAGUCUCGAUCAUUCAAUGAUUUAUCGGACGGCACAACAGCAUGAAGAACUGGGCCUCCGGCACCUCGAGCUAGCUUUCAACCAUUGGAAUACGCUUCCUCAUGAAACUCGCCGCGAGGCGUGGCAGCUUGAGAUCACGCGUGGGUUCGCCCGCGAAGUUGAGAAGCGUAAGUCUGUGGACGAGCAGCUUGCCCGGGUGCAGCAAGAAGCGAACCAGCUCCGCGCUCAAGUUGAACGCCUGGGCUCGUGCCAGUGGCCACGUGAGUUUGCUCUCUUUCCACCUGACACGCUCCCUCUCUCCCGAGACGUGGCGCGUGAAUUAGACUCCAAGGGGAGCCAGAUUUGCCCCGAUUCGUCGCGAUGGGACUAUGACAAUGUGGUCGCCAAAUGGAAGCGUGUUGUUAUGCAUGAUAAGAGCAUGGGCCGCAGUGGAGUGGGCUAUAACUCGACCGCAAGCCCCUUGAUGGAAUCCGAUAACCCUCCGCAACGACACAGCCCAGACAUCCGUCCUCCGCGGCCGGGUGAGGAUACCUCGUCUCAUCCGAACCGCUUGCGACCCUUGCAGAACGCUGUUGCGAUGAGUCCCGAUCCUGCAACCGCAUCUACCCCAGCGUCGUCAACCCACUACGCCUCGCCUUAUUCUCACGCUGAACCCCGCAGCCCACCGAGCGGCGGCGUACCGGGUCAGCAGGCUAAGCGUCCGCGGCUGAUGAACGGAUCCGAAGGCCUCCUGACUGCUGAGCCAGCGGCAACUAAACCCGCUGGUCCUAGUCCCUGGCCAUCAUCCACUCCUAUUCUAUCGAACUUGGCUGCACCGUCCGGCCAGACGCCUCCGCCUUCUUCUCGCGGUUGA